AUGGAUAUCGACGACGAGGAUGAUUUUUAUGUGCCAGAUGAGCCAAAGACCGAGACCACAGUUCCGGAGGACAAGAAGCCAAAAGCGGAUGAUCUAGAAGAAGGCGAAGAAGAGGAUGAGGGUGCCGCUAUGGAUGAGGACGAUGACUCUGAUGAGGAUGACUCGGACAUCGACAUCAUCACAGAGCGCAAAGAUGGCACAAAACCAGCACCACCACAACAGUCCAAGUACAGUGAUAUUCGAAACAUUCCCCAGAGAACAGCGUCAAGCGAUGUGCCAACACAACCUGCGCCGGCACGUAAGGACUCAGAAUCACGACCAUCAGUAAACGUUGCUGCGCCAAGCGCCGACAAGACUUCUGCUGCGGCAUCUAAAUCAACGAUAGACGUCAACGCAAACCCGAUUCAUCCUGGGACAGGAAAGCCUAUCACUCAGGUCAACAUUGACGAAGACCUACCAGACAGCGACAAGCCAUGGCGGAAACCCGGUACCGAUAUUAGCGACUACUUCAACUACGGCUUCGAUGAAUUCACAUGGGCGCUUUACGCUUCCAAGCAAGAGACCGUUCGAGGAGAAUUCGGAGCUGAUGUCUUUGCCCAGAACAAUAAGAAGAUGAUGGAAGACUUCAACAUGAUGAUGAUGGGCGGUAUGGGUAUGCCAGGAGCCGGUAACUCGGGUGCUCAGCAAGGGGGAAUGCCUGGUGGAAUGGAUGGCAUGCCUCCUGAGAUGCAAGCCAUGAUGCAGCAGAUGAUGGCAUCAGGUAUGGACCCGAGCCAAAUGGAUCCCAGUCAGAUGAAUGCCAUGUUCUCCGGUAUGCAAAACGCUGGAGGAGCGGGUGCACAAGCAGCACAGGGUGGCCAAGGGGGCAACUUUGGCGGUGGUUUCGGCGGCAAUCAAGGUGGUUUUGGGUAUGAUCAAAAUAUGUCUGGAGGUGGAGGUGGAGGAGGCGGCCGGGGAGGAUUUGGGGGCCGCGGGCGUCGAGGGAGAUGGUAG